AUGCCUCCGCGGGUACCCAUAUCAUCGUUCCGGCGACAAGCCCUACGAUGCCCAUAUGAACUUCGAAUCGCCAGGGCUGCCAGCACCGCUGCGGCUCCGGCCGUCACACCAGCUGCGCCAAUUGAGCAAAUGACACGCUCGCCAGCUCCAAUUGCGCGUACUCCUCCCACUCAGCCGCCGUCGCAUCGCAGUCCUGAAUACCGCCGGUCCCAACUCCUGCGUCAAUACACCUCCCUGCUCCGCACCUCCCCUCUCAUGGUGCUUUUCCAACACAACAAUCUGAAGUCCACGGAAUGGGCUGCUAUUCGACGAGAGUUGACCAAGGCCUUGCAAAAAGUCGAUGAAAAGAUCGCUGCCGAGGGUCGGACAUCCCCGGAGUUGUCUCCAUAUAUCAAGUUGCAGACUGUCCAAACCAGCAUCUUCGAGGUGGCCGUUCGUAUUGUCGAAUACUUCCGGCCUAGCGAGGAUGCGCUUGCUUCUGGAAACCCCCCAGCGCCGUCGACCCCGGACGACCCUGCCCUGACGCACGAUUUGUCUCGCUCUGCUCACAUUGCCGUGAAGAAGAUGAAGGGCAAGCACGAGCUCGCCGAAGUCCUCACUGGCCCUAUCGCCAUUCUUUCUAUUCCUACCGUCUCCCCCGAACACAUGAAGGCCGCGCUGUCGAUCCUUACUCCCAAGGAAGCCGGAUUCCCUGCACCCACCCGCAAGGGCAACCCGGAUUACCACGAUCCCACCGUCCAGCUCGGUCUGCAGAAGCUUAACCUGCUUGGUGCCCGCGUUGAUGGCAAAGUGUUCGACAUCGCCGAGACCAAGUGGGUCGGCAGCAUCGAGGGCGGUAUGGAUGGCCUUCGCUCACAGCUCGUUAUGGCUUUGCAGAGCAUGGGCUCCAGUGUCACCAGCACCUUGGAGGGAGCUGGCAAGAGCCUGUACUUCACUAUGGAGAGUCGGAGAAGCGUUUUGGAGGAGGAGCAGAAAGGCGAGGGUGAGAAGAGCGAAUCGUCCUAG